GCAAGAAAGGGGAGUCGCCAGCUGCGGGUUGUACCAAGUUUAAUGUCAAAUUUGGAGAACGCAAUAAGCGCUGCUAAAAUUACACAGUUAUUCCACUGGGAAUAAGGCCUACAGACAGUUCCAGCUAAAGUCAAGGAGGAGUCGAGGACUAUCCUCCAAGAGCCACAAAAGUUGACAUUAUAGAGACUCGCACUUGCAUCUCAGUUCUCCAUUGGUGUCAUGCGGUACAACACGUUUUGAAACUCUGGAUGAGUGUCAAUAUUGCUCGGUUCGUAACGCUAGAAAAACACUGCAAACACACCACAGGAUUUUAUUGGAUUGUGUCAUCUGAGCAGUGCUACUGACAAGCGACUCGAAAGGUGAAUGGCUGAAAAAAUGUCUUUUCUAACCAUACCACCCCGGAAGGGUCUUUUCACCACGGUAAAAAACGAGGGGUCAAAAGGACGAGCAGAAUGUUAUGAUGAAGGACAGUGUAAUUCGGAUGAAGAAUUCGAAGAGAGCGAGGAGACAAACGUCCGUCUUAUCCCGAGGUCCUCUCCUAUACCGAGGAAACGCGGACAGUCUAUCUACGAUGAGACCGCAGAAUAUUUGAAAAUCAAAGAUGCAAUUACAAGCAGGAGAGUGUCGUUUGCCGAUACAAUUGGUGGAGACCUUGCCCAUGUGAAGGAAUUUAUCCAGUUUGAUUCGGAUGAUGAGAACGAUUCCAGGUGGGAGGAAGAGGAGGCAAAAUACCGACCAAAAAUUAGUGAACCGACCUACCGUGUGAGUCCGGAAUGGACCACACCGACUGCCACUGCGCUGACGAAGUCGGUGCACUUGAAUAAAGUAGAGGUGGAGAGUGUUUCACCCAUUGAAGACGAACCCCUGGCUUUUAUCGUCUUCGUUCGAGUCCUCAAUAUUUCAUUUAAGAAAAUUGUGUGCGUUCGAUCAACUAUGGACAACUGGAGCAACUACUUCGAUUGUCCUGCAGAAUACGUACAGGGCGACGGUGAGACUGAUACGUUUUCAUUCAAGCUCUCUUUUUGCCCACCGUAUCUUCACCAUGGGGCUCGCAUUGAGUUUGUUGUCCGUUACGAGACUCCAGAUGGCGAUUACUGGGCUAACAACUUCCAUAAGAAUUACGCGGUAACUCUGCUCGUUUCCUACGAAGAAAAUGUGACACAAGCCAGCCCUGUUGAAAUGCCAUGUCGUAGAAGUAUCCUGAAAACUGAAAGUAGUUACAGAAUUGAGGACUCAGACUCUUUUGAGCAGUUCACAGAGAAGGGUGAAGACGAACCAGUGACUGAGAUGGCACCAGAGAUGGCACCAGAGAUGGCACCAGAGAUGGUACCAGAGAUGGCGAAGCCAACUCUCGUUUCCCCCGACGUCCCUCAAGAAGAGCUGGACUUGGAGACCGCCGAUGAUGUACCCAGUUCUCCUCUCCCAGCCAACCUAGACCUUCCAUCAGGAGAUGGAUCACUGUCCUGUGCCCCUGUAUCCCUGGGUAAACAAUCACCUAUUGUGUCUUCCACUUCCACAACCGACGAAGUGAGGUCCACACCUGUAGCAACCCAAACCACCACUGCGACAACUAAACCAGAGCUUUCAGUGGAACUGGUCAGUGAAAUGCCGAUACAAGACUGUAAAUUGCCUAAACCUAACUGUGAAAUGCUUAAACUGGACGGUGAAUCAGACAGCCUACCCAAGGAGGAGCCCAAAGAUCAAUGCUCCACAGCCCUAAAUUUGUCUUCAACACCAGUCCACAGUAGCACUGAUGAGGCUUCAGAACCAACACCCUGGCUGAUCACCAUUACUGAGGUAUCAGAAAAGAAGGUGGGAGGGCCCUUCCAGGAGGACCACAAAGAUGGUAGUCUCCCCACACUGCUGAGCGUGUCAACAAUCUCCCACAUGAAUAUCAAUGAUCCUGACCCACCUCACAUGGACAUCCAACCCAAGCCGUCGUCACUGGGAGAUGUUACAUAUCAGAAUUUGCUUCCAGAUGUAUCGAUGAAGGAGGUGGGGGAGGAGAAGGUGGAGAAGGAUUUGCCAAAUCGAGAGUAUGAGUUAGAGGAGGAGGUUCCAAGACAGCAAGAAGAGAAAGCAACUGAGGAGGAAAAUGAGAAAUCCUUUAGAAUUCAGGAGCCAGUCAUCAGAUCCUCAGGCCUCCUAGAACCUCCAUCAAAUCCCACCAACUGUAAGCUCUCCCGAGUUGUGGAGGUUAGUAGUGUUGGGUCCUCCCCUUCUCUACUUGAAGAGUCUAAAGGAAAGCAGCUGCCAUCAACAGACGAUGCCGUGACCAGAGAAGAUAGAGUCUCAUUGACAGAGGCUGUAGGGCCAAGGCUAGAGGGCCCCCAGGCAAGUUGUGAAAGGUUUCCUGUUGCGGUAGCUAGCCGUCCCUCUUCCAUGGUGGCCGUGACAGACUGUGGACCCACAGGGGAGAACAGGGUGACCCAGAGUCUGGCUAGCCAAAAUUCUGAGUUGACCGAUGAUUUCUCUCAGGCGCCUCCCCCUGCGUCUCACCAGCUCUUUAAGCGAGGGGAGGUGGACAAACUGGCACUUGUGAUUUUAGAGGACUCGGGCAACUCUAAGGCGCAAGAUGACACUGCUGCUAGUGCGCACAUCUUUCCUAUGUUAGAGAGCCAGACGCCCAUUGGAGUUCAGUGUAAAGCAGCAUCAUCCGUGAUCACCACCCAGGAAGGCACCAGCAGUUCAAAUGAGAAGGGCCGUUCUUUGGCAGAUGAAAGCGAGGAGUCUUUUCAGCUUUCCUCAGAAACACUUGAAGGUCUACCAAGCAGAUCAUCAGAGGCUCAGAUCCCCAGGUUACUGGCAGCCCAGACUGAGCCAACCCUGGGCAGGACUCUGAUCCCAUCGAUGGUGGGUCUGAGUGUGGUCAUCGGCCUCAUACUGGGAAUCCAUGAGCCCAGCACCAUCGUUUUAAUGGGUCUGUUUUUUGUGUCACUCUAUUUCUAAAAUGUGUGAAGUGACCUCUUUUUCAGUGCCUUUUCAUGAUUCCUAAUAGACAAAUAUUAAGUGUCAUUGAUUCCUGGUGUAUCUCUUAAAUGUGUGACUGUGGAAGUGUAUGUAUAUGUCUGUAUGUUUUCAUAGAAUAGAUGUGGUCUUGAUUUUUAUGUUUUUCUAGGUCUGGUGAAAGCAGUGAACAGUUCAUCUGAAAUUGUAGUGUUUACAUUGCAAGUGUUAAUCAAAACAGUGUUUUAGUUCGUGAAACAAUAGGAGAGACGAAAAACAAACAUGCAAUACAUAGGUCUAAUUUCUUCCUUAGCAUUUUCAAGAUUUUGUGUAUAAAACAUAGAAAUCUGUCAUUUACCUUGAAACUAUCCAAUCAUGUUAAUAAGAUGCAGCUUCAAAAUAUGUGUUGCAAGGUGAGAACUACAAAAGGCUUAGGAAAAAAAUGUUUUGUUUCGAAGUAUGACUGUCAAAGGUAAGUGAUCAGGAAGUAUGUAUAUGUUCUAGAUUGGGCUGGGAGACUGAAACUGGUGAUACAGUAGACUGUAAAGUAAAUACAGGUUCCUUGGGUGUGGAUGGUAGCUAGUAGGCACUGUAAUGUUUGAUAGCUAAGUGCUAAUUGUUGUCAUUUCUGCUCUGAGACAGGCCAGUACUUGCAUUGUAGAAUAGUGGUUUGCUGUGGUCAUCCUUUUAGUCUAGUCUUACUGCUCAAAUGGUACUUCAUGCAGGUUAAAGCCUACAUUUCCACAAUCUGUCUUUACACUUCUAGAUUGACACAGUUUGCUCACUAAGAUAAUUUACCAACUCAUCACUGUGAUAAUACUUAAAAGGAUGUUUGAAUGGAUCUAUGUGUUUGCAUUUAUGUGUCUAUAUCUAUAAUCUAUAUCUGUCUUCCAAGUUUGACUAUUAUGAUUCUAAAUAGUGACAUGUAAAUGCACAUAUGUCCUUUUUUUUUUUAAGGUAAGCUACUGUCCUUCAAUAACACAAGACAAAUGAUUAACUGCUUAAAGCCACACAAGAGUAUGUGACAAAGAUUAAAGAUAUGUUUUUACAUAGUCUAAUACUAGUGUUAAUAUGUUGUUUUGUCAGUCUAGUGAAUGGCAAUCUUGAAGACCACAGGGUGGUCACAUGCUGUUUAAAUGAACAGCUUUAGACCAAAUAUGAUGGAAACUGAGCUAAAACCCAACCUAAAACCUUAUAUUUACCCACAGUAUUGAAACAUAAUCCUGAGGUACAUUAGGUGGGAUGUAGAAACACCACUUCAAUGUUGUGCAACACCUUCCCAAAGACUGGGAGCACCGUAGUGGAACAUUGAAAACGCUGUUCUGGUAUUUCAGGCGAUUUUUGUAGAGAAUUACAAUCAGUGGCCAGUUUAUUAGUUGCACAUAUUUAGAAACGGCCGGGCACCUUUGCCUCCAGAGUAACCUUUAUUAUUUGUAGCAUGGGUUCCACUCUCUAAUGUGCCUAAAAUGUUCCAUGCUGGUGUUAUUGCAGUAGUCACUUGCUGCAGAUUAGAUGGCGAUACAAUUAUUUGUUUAUGGUGAGGCUGUGCAGUUGGGCGUGUGAAAUUACAAUAAAAUUGAAAUGCUUAA